UAGCGUGUCGGGCAGCAUAGGUGGCGGGCCCAGCGAGCUGGUAGUGUCGCCCAGACUCUCGCCGAGGAGGGUGUAGUGCGCAUUAGCUCCCUGCCAGUGUGGAGGCUGCGCUGCCACCUGGUCCCGACUCCCGAGUCCUGGAGAGGUGAAGUUGUGAGGGUGACUCGUCUUGCGCGGCUUUCCUGAGCCACGCGUGUGGCAGCCACUUGAUAAGCCACUUAGUCGUUUUGGACUUAUCUUACUUAUCACCCAUGACCGUAUGUCUCAUUAGUUAACGUUGCAUCAUUCCCAUGGCCAUGGCUUAGUGGUUGUGUUUCCAGUACUCUGUUGUCUUUGAUGUCGUCAGAGCACGAGGCAGCGAGUCGUUAGUGAUAACAGGGCAUUGCUUUGGACCCCCGCUCGAAAUGAGGCUAAAGCCGUGAGUGGCUGGCCCGACACGAGGCGCCCCAGGGACAUGCCGCCUCCAGCCACUCCUGUGCCUCCACAUUCCCGCCAGUGAACACUUGAUGGAACACAGUUGCAUUCAACCUGACCUCGCAGCCGUCAUGGGCGGCGUCGAGUGAUGGGCGGUGGUGUGGGCGGGUCAGCCAAGUAGCCACCAAGUCGGACGCGGCGGCGGCGCGAGGGCGGCUCCCUGCCCUAAGUGUCGGCUUGCCCGGCACCGCCCACCCAAGGGCCGAGGCGGACAGCUGCCACGCUCCAUUAAGGAGGAGCCGCGGCGGGGGUGGAGCCAUGAGAGCUACCACGCCCACCUUUACGCCCUGACCACGCCCACACGCCCUAAUGACGCCUAUUAGAUUCCUUUCUGGCACCUCCCCAGGGCCGCCUUUAGUAAGUUUGCCCAUCACGCCCAUACCCAUACCCACGCCCUCCCCGUGCAGUUACCGGCACUGCCAUGGGGGAUUCUGGUGACACCGGGGGACAUGCCGGGGGCGGCAGGGGGCCACGGCUCCCCCUGCUGCUCUCGCUGUGCCUCCUGCUGUUUCUGCUACUGCUGCUGCCCGCCUCGACUGCCUGUCCUGCUGCCUGCUCGUGCGAGGCAGUCCGCCAGGGCCGAGGGACGUGGCCGUCCCACUCCCGGACGCCAACACUGUGGCCGUCACCUCCAAGAGUGCGCCAGGGCUUGAGGGACGGGGCCGCCCCACCCCCGGACACCAACACUGUGGCCGUCACCUGCAAGAGUGCGGGCCUGAAGGCGCCUCCUGACCAUCUGGCACUGAACGGCCUCAACUCCACCACCGUCAUUAAGCUAGAUUUGAGCUUCAACAACCUGACGGAGCUUAAACCCCGCGCCCUCACCCCCUUCCCCGCCCUGCAGACUCUGAUCCUCGCCAACAACAGGAUAAAAAAAAUAGCACCUGAAGCGUUUCUCGGCCUUAAUCUUGAAGUCCUACACCUGGAGGAGAACGCCCUCACGUCCUUGGUGGAAGUGGAGUUACCUGCAGGACUUCGUGAACUCUCCCUUGAAAAAAAUCACCUCACCGCUCUGCCUCCCUCCCUCUCCUCCCUCCACAGUCUGCAAACCCUGAAUGUAGCGCGCAACAGGCUGACGGUGCUGAAGGAUGGUGACCUGCGUGGCCUGCACAACCUUCUUAUCCUGUCACUUCACUACAACAAGAUCACUGCUGUAGAGGACCGAGCCUUCGUCAGGAUGAAAAGACUGGAGAUAUUGAACCUUGAGGGAAACGCACUGACGGAGGUCCCGCCCGUAGUCCCUCACUGCACGAAACUCCGCCAACUGCAUCUGGGCCACAACCGCCUGUCCUACUUCGGGGAGAAAGCGCUGGCAGGACUAAGAAAGCUACAAGAGGUGGCGCUGCAUUUCAACCCGCUUCGCUCCAUCCACCAUCGAGCCUUCUCCAACCUGCCCGCCCUCACCAAAUUGAUACUGAAGGAGGUGAAGCAGCUGCAGGAGUUUCCCGACCUGAACGGCACCAACAGCCUUGAAGACCUAAGGAUAGACCGCUCCUCUCUCACUGCCGUGCCUGAGGAUCUGUGUAGCGUGGCGCCAAUACUCCGGAGCCUGAACCUUCAGAGGAACCGCAUUAUGGAGCAGCCUUACCUCAACGGCUGCCGCUACCUCCGUCUCGUAGACCUAAGCUACAACAACAUCAGCUCCCUAAGGCCCGGGGGAUUCGCUGGCCUUUCCUUCCUCCAGGACCUCCUUCUGCAGGGAAACGUCGUCACCACACUCCACAACAGGACGUUCAAAGGCCUCGAGAGACUACAAGUAUUGCAGCUGGAGGGGAACUUAAUCACCAGCAUCCAUCCUGAGGCCUUCAUGCCGCUGCACAACCUAGAGGAUAUCAAUCUUGGCAACAACAGCUUCCCGGAGUUGCCUCACGAGGGGCUAAACAAGGUCAUCUCCAUCAAGGUUCACAACAAUCGUUACCUGCGAGAGUUUCCAGGCCCAGAGAACUUCCCCCUGGUCAGAACCCUCACCCUCUCCUACGCCUACCACUGCUGCCCCUUCCUCAGGUUGCGAGAUACGACAGAGGCCCCGAAGAUUAUCGAGGACGUGGUAUUCAGUGUAGAGGGACUGAACAACCUUGACCCAACCAUCUGGAAUGUCUCGAGCGUCUGGCCUGAUAUCGGUGCAGGAAUGAACAAAAACUUUGCGGCCAUUUGGGCUAACCUGGCUGCUGAAUUCCCUUCAGCCAAUACCGAGAUGGUUGCCACUCCGCUUGACCUGGAAGAGACCACCACCACCGCCUCCUCCUACCCCUCUCUGCCUCGUCACCAGGUCCUCUGCCAGCCCGAGCCAGGCCCCUUCAUGCCGUGCGAGGACCUCUUUGACUGGUGGACGCUACGCUGCGGUGUGUGGAUCGUGUUCCUGCUGGCGCUGCUCGGGAAUGGAACAGUGGUGGUGGUGCUGAUAUUUGCCAGGUCAAAGAUGGAUGUCCCGAGGUUCCUGGUCACCAAUCUUGCCUUCGCGGACUUCUUCAUGGGCCUGUAUCUUGGGUUCCUGGCAGUAGUGGACGCCUCAACCCUCGGGGAGUUCCGCAUGUACGCCAUCCCGUGGCAGACUUCAGCAGGGUGCCAGGUGGCGGGCUUCCUCGGGGUGCUGAGCUGCGAGCUGUCUGUGUACACGCUCACUGUCAUCACCAUGGAGAGGAACUACGCCAUCACGCACGCCAUGCACCUCAACAAGCGGCUCUCGCUGCGCCACGCCGCAUACAUCAUGGUGUUCGGCUGGCUCUUCGCCUCCACGCUCGCCCUGCUGCCCCUCAUCGGCGUCUCGGACUACCGCAAGUUUGCCGUCUGUCUGCCCAUCGAGACGAGAGGCGCAGGGCUGGGCUACGUGGUGUUCCUCAUGUUUAUCAAUGGCGUGGCUUUCCUCAUCUUGAUGGGCUGCUACCUCAAGAUCUACUGCGCCAUCCGUGGUUCCCAAGCCUGGAACAGUAACGACUCGCGCAUCGCCAAGAGAAUGGCGUUGCUCGUUUUCACUGACUUCAUCUGUUGGGCGCCUAUAGCCUUCUUCUCUCUCACUGCCGCUUUUGGCUUACAUUUGAUAUCACUGAAAGAAGCCAAAGUGUUUACUGUAUUUAUCCUUCCGUUUAAUUCUUGUUGUAAUCCCUUUCUAUACGCCCUACUAACCAAACAGUUUAAAAAAGACUGUGUGUUACUCUGUAAAACUAUUGAAGAGUCCAGAGUCACAAGAGGCAUCGGACGUUGCCGCCAUUCUUCAAAUUUUAGUAACCGCCAGACUCCGGCCAACACCAACAGCGCGCUGGACAACUCCACGCGUCAGGAUAACCAGUCUUGUCGAUGCCAAAACAAGACUCAAGAGUCCCAAAAACUCCACCACCGCCUGCGUAUAUCGGCGCUCAAGUAUAUGUUUUGCCACAAGGAUACGGAAGAGAUGAAUUCAGCCAGUGAUUUCAGCUACCAGCCGACGAAGAGUGCAGUGAAGUCUAAACGACAUCCUUCUGUCUCCAGUGAGACCUACAGUUCUUCCUGGUCGGAGACGUGGCGUCGAGGUCAAGCAGUCAUGUCCAUGCGACUUGACCGUCGACUCCACAACUCCUGGUACCUGUCUCGCAAGCCCUCUCAAGAGAGCAACCUCUCCUCCUCUCGCAAUGAUUCUUCUGCAACCACUGCAUCAACAUCCACCUGGCGCAUAUCACGGUCUUCAGUUUCUUCCGAUAUAUCCAGCAGUGGAUCGCGUGGUGUGGGAAAGACAGACGCGGCACCCGUGCUGCGCCUUGGCUCCAUCAGGGACCGCCGAGGAGAGGGCCCGACGCAUAUUCCAGCACGACAAAUCACUCACCAUCAAGCACUGCUGGUGAGGCAGCAGCCUGGCGCAUCCGGCCAACGAUCAGGAACCACCACUUCGGCAGUCCGAAUUAAACCUCGAUUACAGAGACAAAUAGCAGUAGAACGUGAAACCUACAUACCCAGCAAAAAUGGGGGAAAACCCUGUGACAUUCCAUGCCCCUUGCACCCGCGAUCUGACAACCUGUCGUGCGUGUACGAGCAAGACAGUUACGAGGAGGAAGAGCACGAGCAUCAGAAGGACUUCCUGAGCCCUCGCUGCCCGAUGACCGGCCUAACGGUCACAUUCAUCCCUCGCAAGCUGAGCACCAUUUCCUCACAUUCAGUAAGUGUUGUGAAGGAUGCUGACAACGAGGAGUCAACGCCUCCCGUGGGGACCGACAGACACUCGCUUUGUGGUGCGUCACCAACACUCAAGAGCAGCAGUUUGCCACGAGGGGGAAAGUGUGUGAGCUUGACGCUUCUUCCUCAGUCCUCCGUGCAGGCAAGCUCUUACCGCUUUCCCUCAGACGGCCACCUUCCUCGCUCCCCGCGGCACACUGAGUUCCUCUACUUCACCAAGCUCGCCACGCCUGCACUCAUGAUCUCGCACAGCGACCAGAAAGUUUAUUCCCCGGUGAAGUGCGAGGGUGACGGGGAGAGCCACCACUACGGGCAGGCCAUCAUCAGCAUCCACCAGCCUGACGAUGCCCACCAGUCUGAGCAGGAGGAGUGUAUGGAGUCCACCGCGCUCAUGGACGACGAUGGUUGCGACGGCGAUGACGAAGUGUUUGAAGAGGAAAAGGAGACCCAUAAAAGACCCUUGGAGACACACUUCCCUGUUGAGGAGCAGCCGGGGGAAUCGCGCCCGUUGAUAUGAUGACACAUGAUCUGCGGCAGGGACAGGCUGCACCCACGACAGAGAGUGAGAACUCUUCACCCAGCGGUACUGACAGAGUCUUUGCUGCUGAACGCCGGGUCUUGGGUUGUGAUGAUCAGAGUGACCUCCAAACUCUUCAUUUCCGACAGCACGCCAGCUCCUCCCGCUGCUCAUGAGACCGCAGACAACGCCUGCCACCUGGUCCUGUACAAGGAAGUGUUGUUUGGUAAACUUGGACUUGAACUUUGGUCAAGGCAAAGGGAGUCGUCAGUCGAUGACAACGGGACCAGAAUCGUAGACAUCAACAAAAUACUAGUAUUAUUUGUGCGCUACUUGGAGUUCCGUAAAUAGUAACCAACAUUCUCCAGCUCUUUUGUUUCCUUAUCAGUGUAUCAGCCAUUCAGGAGGACGCACAGGCGUCUUAGUGUGUUGUGAGUGUGGCCAGCGUGUCGUGCAGGCCAUUUCUUCAGGUGCAGUAGUUUAUGUGUUUCUUUAGUCCUCCCGGGAAGGAGUGUGGUUCUUUAUGCAUUUUAUCCCUUAGGAACACAUGACAAAGGUGCCAGAGGUCACGAGGACAGCGCUGUUUGUACCACUCGUUCUGUUCUUGUUUCCGUAUCCACCUCCACUAGGAGGCGACAAAGUGAGGUCGAUUCUAGUAUUGAACAUGGUGCUGAAAAUACCAUUAGAGCAACGGUUCCCAGAACAAUACAGUACAAAUAAGUUAUCCGAAAGUUUUUAGCAAAUUUCUCAAGGGUACUUUUUUAUGUUAUGUGGAUGCAGUUGCAGUAACUUCCAGAUUAUUUACCUCUUCCCUAACGAUUUUCCUUUCUUGCACUAACCUAGCGAUCGGACGCAACCGCCUCCUUAACAGAUGUAAAGCGAGCAGUUUCAGUUUCUUACCGGGAGAUGCUUCAGCCAUGCUCCUUCUUUCCACAUGACACGUGGGACUCGAACCCCGGUCCUCCUCUCUCUCUCAGUCUACAGUGGCUGAGGGUUCUGUCCAAGUUCCUUCUCUUAAACCCACUGGAGAGGAAGUCAAGGAUGUGUCGUAGGAUGGAUAGUGAGUUUGAGUUGCCAAUGUUGGAAGGUUCUACGUGAUCCAGUAAGUAAUAGAGCAAAGAUGUGAAAGAUAAGGAACUUCAGAUUACGUCCAAGCCAAAGAUUUUUAUCCUUCGUGCUAACCGUUCAUUUCCUGUUAUUAUUUUUAUGUAUAAAUAACUGUAAUAUUGACUGACUGUGAGUAGCGAUAGAUUAUUUAUACUCUACCUUAUGGUGCUUUUUAUUUACUAAUGUGCUCUAGUGAAGUGAAUAAUUCGUAUAAUCCUUCACUGGGACAUUUUUUUUAAAGCCUUUUAUCGUGAGCUUACGCCACGUCAAGAUUAAAAGUUGGCAACUACAAGAAGUGACGAAAAAAACGACAAACAAAAAAUGCUGCUGCACAUUGACAACAGCCAGUAAAAGUCAAUCCAAUGAUGAAGAGAAAAGGAGUAAAUCCGUGUCGUAGGCUUAACCAUGAAAUAGGCAUACAUGACGCAGGCCUCUUGUAUCUAUUUAGGAUAUUGAUUGUCUCUGUGUUGCACGAGUGUUGCGUGAUACGUGUCAGCGUGUGGCGUGUGUCAGCGAGUGUGCGAGGAGUACACGCCCUGAGAGAAGAGAGAGAGAGAGAGAGAGAGAGAGAGAGAGAGAGAGAGUUUUGUCUCCUAAUCUCCCCACAGAUACAACCGCCUUACAUACAGUGGACGGUAACCUGUGUGUGUGUGUGUGUGUGUGUGUGUGUGUGUGUGUGUGUGUGUGUGUGUGUGUGUGUGUGUGUGUGUGUGGACGGUAACCUGUGUGUGUGUGUGUGUGUGUGUGUGUGUGUGUGUGUGUGUGUGUGUGUGUGUGUGUGUGUGUGUGCGUGCGUGCGUGCGUGCGUGCGUGCGUGCGUGUGUGUGUGUUUAUAUUAUAUACUAUUAUUGUCUAAAACGAUGAGACAAUGAAGAUUAUUAUGGGUUAGUGAGAAAUAGUAAUAUAAACCUAGUGUGACAGGGCCGAGGGAAGGGUGGCUGGGGAUGAUGAACUGCAGAGAGAGUGAGUGAGUGUCGAAGUGAGGAAGAGUGAGGCAAGGCGAGAGGAAGGAAGCAAGAGGCUGGAGGCGGCAGUAUCGGCCCCAUGGGGUCAAACCAUGUCAGGAAUGAAUAAAAAAUAUAAAAAAAAUUCAAUAAAAAUGCGAAGUAUCGCUUCGAGAAUCUUUAUUUUUUACUAAGAGACUAGAGUAGGAGACUCAAUCCUGCAUUUGUGUCCACUUAGAAGAUUAAGACGUUUCAAUAAACUCUUGCAUUGUGUACUAAACUCUCCUGUGUAGAGGUACUUAAUAAAGAAACUGUUUAUUCCUUGGUUCGAGGGUUUCUCUCCUCGAGUGGGAAUCUUUGUGACAAACACUAAGCAUUAUUACUAUUAUGAAGAAGAAACUCAAGGAAUUGUAAUGCCUGUGCAAGGAUAUUAAUUGUAAAUGUACAAACUAUUGGUGUUUGAUCCUUUUAAUGUUAUUCUUAAUGUGGUCAAAUAUAUUAAUCUGAUAAAUCUCUUGUUAA